AUGACCAAACAGCCUGUCUUGAUACCCACUGCCUCCCUACACGGGAAAGUCGCCCUUGUCACAGGCGGCAGUCGCGGCAUUGGCCGAGGAUGCGCCAUCGACCUGGCCAAGCGCGGAUGUAGCGUUGUGGUCAACUACGCGCACAGCAAGGAGGUUGCUGAAGAGGUAGUGCGGGCGAUCGAGGCGACCGGCACCAGUGCUCGGGGAAUAAGUAUACAAGCGGACGUCACAAAGGUAUCAGAAAUUGAGCGAUUAUUUCAAGAGUCCAAGAGAGAGAUGGGCAAGAUCGACAUCGUGUUAAGCAACAGCGGAAUCGAGUCAUUCGAGAAGACGGAAGACGUGACGGAGGAGCAGUUCGACCGCGUGUUUGGUAUCAAUGCACGCGCGCAGUUCUUCGUCGGCCAGGCAGCCUGGAAGCACGUUGAAGACAAUGGUCGACUGAUCUUAAUGAGCUCAAUCUCGGCGGGCUCGAUAGGGAUCAAAAACCAUGCGUUGUAUAAUGCGUCAAAAAGUGCCGUCAUUGGUAUGGUCAAGGCUUUUGCCACGGACUUUGGUUCCCGCGGAAUCACGGUGAACGGGCUUGCACCGGGAGGUGUGAAGUCGGACAUGUUCACAGAGAAUGCAUGGCGCUACAUCCCUGGCGGCAGUCCCGACUGGCCAGCAGAAAAGGUGGAAAGCAUGGUCGCCGGCGCUUGCCUCUUGAAGCGAUGCGCUGUACCUGAGGAUAUCGCCCGAGUCGUGGGCUUCCUGGCAUCGGAGGAUGGGGGUUGGGUUAACGGGGAGGUGAUCACCAUUUCAGGGGGAUUCAAGUGA